UCACGAAGCUUGCCAUAACGUUAGCAGUUCCUGUAACUGAUGAUGCGUGGGUUACCGGGUGCUUUCCUUGGCUCUUAUAAAACCUCUCAUGGAUAUUUGAAUCGACGUUUAUACGGAGUACUCACCGAAGAGAAGUAUGAUGGAAGAUUGUAUCCAAGCCACAUUCCAACAAGCACUGUUCAGAAGGCUAUUUUGGCUGUAGGUUCCGGAGUGGCUGCCCUUAAAAACCCCUAUAGACAUGAUAUGGUUGCAGUGCUUGGGGAAACUACAGGGCACCAGACCCUGAAAAAGUUGAGAGAUCGGAUGAGAAAUGACCCUGAAGGUUACACUAUUCUUCUAGAGCGCCCACGGAUCCGCCUAUCUACAUUAGAUCUUUCUCAUAUGUCUACCUUGCCAGAUGGGACUUUAGGAAGAGAAUAUCUUCGUUUCCUUGAGGAAAAUAGAGUCACCCCUGACACGAGGGCUGAAGUGAAGUUUGUAGACAAUGAGGAAUUGGCGUAUGUCAUGCAACGGUAUCGUGAAGUCCAUGACUUGUUGCAUACUUUGCUUGGAAUGCCCACAAAUAUGCUAGGUGAAGUUGCUGUGAAAUGGUUUGAAGCUGCACAAACUGGCCUUCCCAUGUGUGUAUUGGGAGCAGCACUUGGACCACUCCGACUGUCUGCCAGCCGCCUACAGUUGCUUGGUCAGUCUCUUGGACUUUGGGCCCUGCGCAAUGGUGGUCGUGCUAGAUGUGUUCUAAGCAUCUACUAUGAACGGCGUUGGGAGCAGACUCUUGAUGAACUCAGACACGAGCUAAACAUUGAGGAACCCCCAGUCAGUCUAAUCGCAUCCAUCAAGAACACAUCUUCAAAAUCAUAACAAUGGCCUAAACAUAAAUCUAAAGAAGGUUAUUCUCACAUGGAAAGUUUUAUGUAAAAGCUAUCUGUGUCUUCCAAGAUAUUUAUACUGCAUUAACAUUGACCUCUUGAUACCAUGCACUGGAGGUAUACAAGUACAUGCAUAAAUCAAAAAAUGCUAUUAUAAAUAAUACUGAGAUAAAUUCUCUACGAUAAUUAUGCAAAACAAUAAUGGCAAAAAUGUUUUGUGGCCUGAUUAUUUAAGAUGAUCACCUAAAUUAGGAUGUGUUUUGUAAAAAGUAUUUUGCAGUUGUUAUUUGAAAAUGAUAUCUCCCUUUUGGGACAACUUGAUACAGUGCUGUAAAGUUCCUUCUGUAACCUGAAUAUGAAAAACCAAUAUGGGGACAAAAUACCUAAAUGUUGAAAAAACAUUUCACAAUUGUUCGGUUUCCAACAUGAAAUACUUGCAGAAAUCAAGCCUUUUAAAAAUAAAUGAGUGUAAAAACAAAACGCAUAUAAUUCUGUUUUGGCAAUUGUGCUUGUGAAUUCAUUUAUUUCCAGUGAAAGUAAAGUCUCUUGACUGCGAAUAUGGUAAUACAGAAUAUUUUCCUCCGCCUCCCUCUAGUGGAGACAGUGAUGUAAUCUUAUAAUAUCUGAUAUAUAAACAUAUUUAAAGUCUGAA